AUGGUAGAAAAGUGGAGUGUGUUCGGUCACAUCAGCUACAGGUCCGACUGGGAGCUGGUCAAAGUGGACUUCAGGCAGUCUUUCCCCCGUCAGUGCACUGAGUCUGAUUAUGAGUCUUGGCAGCUCACUGACCUGCAGGGAGAGAAGUGCAUUAUGGGCCAGGAACGGACUUUCAGAAAGAGAAAGGACACGGCGUUCUGCAUCAAAGGGAAAAGCUACAUCUCUGCUCUCACCAACAAAUCCUGCCAGUGCACCGAGAAAGACUUCAACUGUGACUAUGGUUUUGAGAGAUCCCACACGGAGGGCGAACGCUGCUUCGCUGACUUCUGGCACGAUCCAGAUUCUCCACCCGAGGACUGUCAUCUAGGACAAAACUACGAGUCCAGCACUGGCUACAGGAAGGUGAUAUCUAACAUAUGUGACGGGGGACUAAACAAGCAGCAGAGCACAAAACAGCACAGCUGCCCCCUGUUGCCGCCUAAAGGACUACAGGUUGGCAUAAAAGGGCAGAUGCUGGCUGUGGCACCAGGUGAUGACAUCACAUUCAUUGUCCACCAGGAGCAGGGCGACACCAGCAGCACCAAGUACCAGGUUGACCUGGGUGAUGGGGUUCGGGCCAUUUACCAGAACCUGACGGUGACAGAUGAACCCAUCCAGCACCGCUAUGAAAACCCAGGAGUCUAUAAGGUCACAGUGAAGGCUGAGAACAUGGCAGGACACGACGAAGCCACCAUGUACAUCCAGGUCACAGCCCCUCUACAGGAAGUGCACCUGGAAGUGGUUCCCAUCGCUGGGAGAAACCAUGAGGUCAACCUGACAGCCAUAGUUCUUCCCACUGAGGCCAACAUGACUGUUUUUUACUGGUGGAUAGGAGACAGCCUCCGGCCCACACUGACUCUGCGGAACAGUCUUCUGACUCGUUUUCCAGACACGGGAGAAGUUUCCGUCACCGUCCAGGCUUCCAACGGCCGAUCCAUGGUGCAGGACACCAGGACUGUCCGAGUCUAUGAUAACUUCCAGGUCGUCCCCCUGAGCUUCAGCAGGAACCUGGACCGCUUCAACCCAAACAUUCCAGAGUGGAGAGAUGACAUCGGCCAGGUGGUCACCAAAAUAUUGGCCAAGAUCACAGGUGUACCUCAGGAGUCGCUGGUUACGGUGGUAAAACCAGGCCUCCCCACCACUGCUGACCUCUACGUCCUCCCACUGGACAGCAAACCAGCCAAGAGGAGCAUGUUUGUAGACAAGCGUAUUCCAGCCAUCAUGCAGGCCUUCAGUGACAACAACGUCAGCUUCGUGGUGCGAGGAGGUCUACAAGUACUGGUGAUGCUAGCUGACCCGAACGCAGGACUAGGUCUUAUUGCUAAUGACUCAACAACCACAGCGGCAGAGAAUGGCUACCACGGAGCAGCGGGAAGUCCAGGUGUUUGGGCUCUAGCAGUCAUUUUCCUAAUCAGCAUCAUUGCAACUGGCUCCUUCAUCCUCUACAAGUUCAAAAGGAAGCUUCCAGGCAGCCGCAACGUCUACGCCCAGAUGCACAACGAGAAGGAGCAGGAGAUGACCAGCCCCGUCAAUCACAGCGAGGACACCCAGCACAUCAUCCAGGGCGAGGAGUUCAUUGACGACGACCUGGACUCGCAGACUCUAGGCAACCAUUCAGGUGUGGUCCUGAGCAUCAACUCCAGAGAACUGCACAGUUACCUGACCAGCUGAUGGCUACCAUGGCAACGCUGAUGAGCUAGCCCAGCCUAGCCGAGCCGGCUAACGAGCACAGGGACUCCACUUUGCCUUCCUCCCUCUCUCUCCUCUCCUUUUCCUUCUCUUCCUUCCUUCCUCCUCCUCCUCCUCGGACACUUCACCUCCACUCCAUGGCCUCUUCAACCCUUCUGCUCCAGCUUUUUGUGCGACUUGUUUCGUUGUUGUUUCUUUUUUUUCCGUGAGUCUGGUGGAGGGACGUCUCUAUUUUUUUUCCUCCCCCACUCAGUCUCUUCCUGCUAGGGUGUUUCUUUCUUUUUACCGAGGGUUGUAUUUUUCAUCAUUGGACGCCCCCCUUUCCACCCUGUUCACUUUUCACACCAGCCUUGGACACCCCAGCAAGGAUGGAGGUCUUGAUCGCUCAUCAGUGUUUUAUAAGAAAAAAAAAACAAUAAAUCUGUGCGUACAUUGUCUGUCUUAACACAUAUAGAAUCAGCAAUCACUGCACCGACUCCCAGUCAGAGAGGGUUGAGCCAUCUUAGCAUGUAGACACUCAAGGUAGCAGGUGUGCUAAGAUGAUUUCUGAGCACUAAAGGUAGGUUACAUUAAGAUAGUGAAGUCAGAAUAAAGUGUUUUUCCUCCUUCCCCCUAUUUUAUUUUCUUUCUUUUUCCCCCCACAGUUACCACUCUACCACUCUCUUUUCAAAGGCAAUAAUAAUAAUGGAAUGUAGGAUAUGAUAUGAAAACCCUCGUGAAUUUGCAUAUGAAGAGUGUACGCAUGCAAACACAGGAGGGCGGUGUUGCACUUUCUUCAAUUUUUCCACUCGCAGGUACUUGGAGAGCUUAGCUACUGUAUGUACACGCAGCUUUUUGGUCAUCUUUCAAACGUUCACAUCCUGUUGAAAAAGUCACAAAGUUACAGAAGUUCGGUGUUUCUAAUCAGUACCACGUUUGUCUGUCCCAUGGUGCCUCAAACAGCAGAUGUGGAUCUGCUCAGUGACAUUACCAGUUGUCAAGUCGAGUUAUUUCUAAAAAUCUGCACGGCCCUUUCUCCUCCUCCUCCUCCUCCUCCCCUACCCCCACCCACCUCAAUUUUCUGGGUCAAAGCAGACUCGUUCCCCUGGAGACAAAGGUUGCCGUCAUGGAGGGAAGGUGUAGUUGAUAUAUUUUACUGUAUCAGCCUAUAUUAGGCGUAGCCCACGUUGGAAUCAUGUCUCCUUAAAGGUUUGGUUUGAUGUAUGUAAAUGUGUAAAUAGAAACAGUGAUCUCCACUUUGUACAUAUUCCCUUUGACAUGUGUGUGAGUGUUUUACACUACUACCAAAAUACAUGGCUUUUUCUUUUUUCUUUUUCUUUUUCUUUUUUCUUCUGUUUUCCUGGAAUGAUCUGCCACUGAGUUUCCUAAAUUUGCAGAACUGUUUCCAGUUUCAUCUUUGCCUGCUUCGCACAUUUUCGAUAUUUUCAGUGUAAUCUCAUGAGUAGGAAUAUUUCACGGUCUUCAUUGUCAACUGGAAGCAGUUUCAUUGUCUUAUAAAGAUACUCACAGCCACACAGUGACGACUAUGUAUAUGGAUAUUUUUGAUACACCUGUCGGUUUUUUCCCCAGUACGUGUAAACACUGGUUAGUGUUUCUGUUGCCUCUUUGCUGAAGUCUUUUCAUUUGUUCGAUUGCACUAAUGAUGUAAGCAGUUGCUGUCGCCACGCACCGGAUGGCAGCUGAGCAAUUCUACAGACUGAAUGAAAAGGCCUUUGGCUGAAAGGCCUUUACAAGACUACCAAUGCUACCAUUUUCGUCAAGAUCACCCUUCUGUUCAUCCUGUAUUUGAUACAGCAGAUUCACUCGCUCUGGUUUACACCUUAAUUCAUCUUUUGUACAUAUUCUGCUCAUGUUCAACUUGUUCUUAGUUUUCUAGUGAUGUGUCGUCAUUGUAUCGAUGUCCCCUCCAACGAAAGGGGAAGUGGGGAUUAUGAUAUUCCAAUGUAAUAGUCAAGGAGUUUCACAGAUGAUGGCACCGUCAGUGUAAUUUUGACCACGCUGUUUUUACUUUUGUUGUUUUCUUCUUUCUGCUGGUUUGUUUGAUCUCUUGAUUUUGCUAUUAAAAACAAUUGUGUGUCCUCUUCAGGAAGCGUAGUGCACUCAACCUGCAUCCUGGAAUAAAUCACUCCCAUAACUUGUA